AGAAGUCAAAAAGUUAGGUGGUUAAUUCGUAAUAUCGGAAUACACGACUGUGCUUUCUUGUCCAAAAAGAUAAUAAAAGCUUAGCUUCUGAAGCAAACAGAGAUUCACCGUUUCCAACUUCUCGGUAAAGCCAAAAAUUCAGUAAAACAGAAGCUGCUUAGAAGCCUUCAAAUUCCCAUUCCAGCCCCCCAUGCAAAUCAAAUAAUUCACUUUUUGGCUACUGAGAAAAUAGAAACCUUCAUCUUCAUAAAAGGAAAAGCAAAAGCUAAAGAUAACAACAAAGGAAAUAGGAGGAGAUUCCGUGUCUAGUUUUACAACUGUCCACCUCUUUGACAAUAUUCCAUGCUUCUUUUCUAUUCUUUGUUUUCCUGAAUUCCAGAAUUUCGCUUAAAUCAUUUGGUUUCUUGUCUACCAAACAGAAGAAUGAGAGUUCGAGGAGCGUAAAUCGUUCAUGGGUUAGUAAAGGAGUUACAUCUUGACUAAAUUCAGGGAUUGGGGAACACAAUGCAGGGAUGAUACUUAGCAUUGGAACUCAGUUGACGAUCUUGGUGGAGUGGUUUCUCAAUGGGGCAUGAACUUAAAUCUUUGUUUCAAUUGGAUACCAGGAAAUUGAUAUGGCUUAUAGGAAUUACGUUUGUAGUGAUUAUAACAUUCCAGUAUGUUGAACUUCCAUAUGAGAAUGUUUUGUCGACAUUAUUUCCUUCUGCUGAGGUUUCAGUUGAGGGAGAAAGUAGUUUCUUAGCUAGUGGUCCAUCAUCAGCUCAGUCGGAGGUGGUGCAUAAUGUGACUCAUUCAAUUGGUUUGGAGUACAAUGGCACAUAUGCUGCUGGUAACGAGACAGCUCUUGAUAAUGAUAUCUCUGAAGGAAAGGACACAGAUUUGAAUAAUGAUGUUAUAUCAGAAACAGAUGUGGACUUGAAUAAAUCUUCUACAUUUGAUGAGGGUAGUGAAUCUCCAAAGGAGUCUUCAACUGAGGAAUUGGUCGAAUUAAAUAAGAAUUCAACAGUGGAUUAUGUUGAAAGUUCCAAAAAUAAGACUACGGCAGAGGAGGGUGGUCGUCUAUCAUGGGAGUCUGAGAAGGAAGGUAACAUGACAAGUUUAAAUAGUAUGAACCAAACAGGUGUUGUUAAUGAAACAGUCAACGAUUUUAGGAGAAAUGACAAAGAUCAGAAUACUGAUUUCAUAUCAGAAGGAGAAGUAGGCUUGAAUAAAUCUGCUAUGUUAGAUCAUGAUAGCACUUCUUCUAGGGACUCUUCAACUGAGGAAUUUGAGGACCUAAACAAAAAUUCCACAGUGGACUUGCUGAAAUUUCCAAUAAUAACUGUAGCAGAGGAGGCUAGCAAAACUGAGGAAAGUUUUUCUUCAAAGAAUGAUACUGUUGAUAUCAACACUUCAAACAACAAUAUUGGAAACAAAAACAUUACUUUAGCACCAGCAAGCACAGUGCACUCAAAUCCUGGUAUUGGAUCUCCUUUGCCUGCCUUACCCCUAAAAAAUUCAUCAGCUAACACUACCUUAGAAAAAGAUGUUGAGACAAAUAUCAGGACUCCUGUUGUGUCUUUCAAUUCCAGUAUAUCUUCAGUGGAGCAACAUGUGACACCAAGUUUUGACAAGAAUGCAAAAUCAGAAGAGAUUCAGAACAAUUUCCCCGCAUCAGGUGAUAACUCUUCUCUCCCCAGCACUCCUAGGAUGAAGAAAAAGCCUGAGAUGCCACCUGCACUAACUACAAUAGCUGAUAUGAACAAUUUGUUUUAUCAGAGUCGUGUUUCAUAUUAUUCUAAGACACCGAGAUGGUCUUCAGGAGCAGACAAAGUUCUACUAAAUGCUAGAUCGCAGAUCCAGAAUGCACCCAUUGUAAAGAAUGAUCAGCAACUUUAUGCACCCCUUUAUCGGAAUGUUUCUAUGUUCAAAAGGAGUUAUGAAUUGAUGGAAAGCACACUCAAAGUAUACAUCUACAAGGAAGGAAAGAGACCCAUAGUACAUACACCACCUCUCAAGGGUAUUUAUGCCUCUGAAGGAUGGUUCAUGAAGCAGCUGGAAGCUAAUAAAAGAUUUGUUACUAAAUCCCCAAGAGAAGCCCACCUGUUUUACUUACCUUUUAGUUCUAGAAUGUUAGAGGAAACCUUAUAUGUGCCUGAUUCUCAUAGUCAUAAGAACCUUAUAGAGUAUUUGAAGAACUACGUGGACAUGAUUGCGGCAAAAUAUCCUUUCUGGAAUAGAACUGAAGGAGCUGAUCAUUUUUUGGUUGCUUGCCAUGACUGGGCACCAUCUGAAACAAAGGAAUACAUGGCCAAUUGCAUCAGAGCCCUCUGCAAUUCUGAUGUUAGAGAAGGUUAUAUUUUUGGCAAGGAUGUGUCUCUUCCUGAGACCUAUGUUCGGAAUCCUCGGAAACCUCUAAGAGAUCUUGGAGGCAAACCUCCUUCUAAGAGAUCAAUCCUGGCUUUCUUUGCGGGAGGCAUGCAUGGUUAUUUAAGGCCAAUUCUAUUAGAACAGUGGGGAAACAAAGAUCCUGACAUGAAAAUCUUCGGUAACAUACCCAAUGUUAAGGGGAAAAUGAACUACAUCCAGUACAUGAAGAGCAGCAAGUACUGCCUUUGUCCAAGAGGUUACGAGGUUAAUAGUCCACGGGUGGUAGAGGCCAUUUUCUAUGAAUGUGUUCCAGUGAUCAUAUCUGACAAUUUUGUGCCUCCUUUUUUCGAGGUUUUGAAUUGGGAAUCCUUUGCUGUCUUCAUUUUGGAGAAGGAUAUUCCCAAUUUAAAGAAGAUCCUCCUUUCGAUCCCUGCACAGAGGUAUCGGCGGCUGCAGCUGAUGGUCAAAAAGAUACAGCAACAUUUUCUUUGGCAUCCCAGACCUGAGAAGUACGAUAUAUUUCAUAUGAUUCUCCACUCAGUUUGGUACAAUAGAGUUUUCCAAAUUAAGCCUAGGUAAGUGAACAGAACAGAAAAUUGCGUAAAUAGAUUGUUGAGAUUAUCAUUUCAUGAUAGAAGAUGAGACAUUUUAGUUCAAAAUUUGUUUCCACAUUAUUUUGUUGUAUAUAGAUUGAGUGAAUAAAACUACAUUGAUGUUUUUCACUGCAAGAGGUUUUAGCAUCCAAUCAUUGCGAAAAGUUUCCACAUGAUUGAUUUUCUUCUGUUUGGUGGUUGGCUUUUUCAUGUAAUAGUUAGUAGUAGUUCAUCAAUCGUACCUUCAUUAUUCCAUCUGACACAUGUUGCAACUUUACAAUAAGAAAAAGCAAAGUCACUUGGACUUUGGAAACAUGAAAAAAGGGGAAAAAAAUAGUUUUCUUGUACGUGUUGAUCAAUUGGAGUGCGUCUUUUGAUUAUAAAAAGCAGAUAACAAGAAAACUGAAAUUGGGAAUUUUCUUUUCCGUCGUUUUCCAUCGAAACAAACAGAACAGAAAAACCCACAUGGAUAAACGUUAAAAAUUCAGCCUAUUAUCACGCAAAUCAAACCUCAAUGGGCCCCACAGAUACAUAAAAACCUGUAUUAUAUUACUUAUUACAAGGAAUCAGCGGCAGCUUCGACUCUUUCCCAGAAAACCCAUUUGUCGGUUCAUUACUACCCGCCAAAUAUGCAUGUAAGUUUUAAUUCUUACUUAUGUUUCUUGAUUUCUUUGAAUUGGGAAAUUUCUUCUCCCAUGGAGAAAUAUUAAAUGCAUUUUCUUUUGGCUAUAUUUUCUUGGCUCAUCUUUGAUGAUAUGAGUUCUAAUGAAAAUAUCCCUUUUCUAUUCUAGCUAUUCUUCAUUCUGGGUUGCCAAGAAAAUGCAUGUAAAUUACAUGAAAUGAUUUUUUU